AUGUUUUUGGGGCCUUUAGGGGGGGGCAAACAAGCGUCCACCGUGCGUGUCCAGUUCCCGCAUCACGGCGGUCCGGCCCAGGCGCUCGUUCCUCCUCCUCUCGGCGACGGCGUCCUCCAGGCUCUGGAAGUCCAGCGCGUGCGCGAGGCGGCGGCGGUGGUCCGGCAGCGCCACCUUGAGCCGGUAGGGCUGCUUCCCGAUGCGGAUCUCGCCGCCGGUCUUCAGCUCGCGCCGGCCGAAGCGGCACCAGGCCGCGAAGCACUCCGAGUUCCUCCAGCUCAGGUCCCGGUCCCUGAGCCCCACCUGCUCCAUGGCGUUCUGGACCACCAUGUCCGCGGCCAGAGGCUUGAACUUGUACAGGUCGUUGACCACCCGGCCCCUCCGGCCCCGGCCGGCGUCCGUCAGGAAGCUGUUCUUCACCUGGGCGCGGUGCAGGUGCACCACCUGGAAGUCCCCCACGCACACGGCCCAGUGCGGGACCUGGCCCGCGGCCACGAACUCCACCAGGUCCCCCGGCGCGCACCGGUGGAGCAGCGCCUCCGGGGAGUGGAGCUCCGACAGACCCGCGGAGGGGGUCCUCUCGAACACGCACUCGUCCCGGUGGUACACGGCGCACGCCACCUCCUCGCGCGGGUCGUAGUGCAUAUCUUCCUGGUUGGGCUCUUUCUCCGAUCCAUCCCCGUCCCCGGUUCCGCAUCCGUCCUCCAGCUCGUCGUCGUCGGUGGAGAAUAUGUAGGAGACGCCGAUCCGCGGGCCCUCGUCCGCGUCCGCGCCCUGGGGGUCCGCGGUGGGCACUUCUGCGUAACUCAGAUGCGAAAGUCGGUCCACCUGGUUCCCCAUGGCGUAACCAAUCCGUGUAACCCGAUUCCGAGAGCUCUCACCCGGCCAUUUGGAAAAACGAGCCUCCGUCCGGGGUCGGAAUUCCCGUUUCCAGUCAAAUUACGCACGGCGGCGCGCAGUUACGCGGGGUCCCGGAGCCCCAUCAACAAGUGGAGUUGA